AGUUACUUUUGUUUCCACUCAGCUUCAGGAUGUUUUAUUUCAUGUUCUAGUUCCUGUGUCAACGUCCUUUCACCUGAUAUAAGGAAAAGGAAAGGAGCAUGAUUCAAACCGGGUGUCGCUCAGUGUAGAGCAACCUCCUGAACGGUUGGCUCAUGCACUACUUUGACACAAUGAGCAGAUCCCCUGCCUGUCCCCGGGCCCCUGGAACCCCCGCUGCACUAAGGUGCUUUGAAUCUAAGACUCCAUUGACUUAAAUCAGUAAUUGGAUGAUGCACUUACCAUUGUCAUGGCCGUGCUGAUGGACGCUGUGGACAUCAGCACACUUUGAUUCUGCUUCCCAAGUUGAGUUUGUUAUCGAAGGCACCUCAUGCUUUUCUGUACCGCAAGCGUCUCGCUUUUAAAAGGCUAAAUUUCUGCAUACUGAUGACUUUUUAUGGAGCAUCAGGACUGAAAUUGAAGAGCAAUGAAUCAGGUAAUACAAUCAUGUUUACAUGAUGGUGAACUAGUUGUUAUGGUUAAUGCUUUGGCUUGUCACAUAAGUGUAACACUGUGGAUUAUUUAUGUAAGGUAUUCACCUUAUUGCAUUCAAUAUUGCCCUACGUGUCCUUCAACUGACUUAAAAUGCCGUCAUGUUGCCUGAAUGUUUGUUGUUUAUCGUCUCUUAGAAAUAAGUAAUUGAAAGAGAUUACAAAGCAUUUGCUCCAACAUUUUUUUAAACGGACGAACAAAAACACCAUAGACAAAAAUCCAAGGUUGUUACUACAGAAACUAAAAUUCUCCAAGCAUUUCUGAGAUGCCUUUCUGUCAUGUCAGCAGAGAUUAGCAUCCAUCACAACUGAUGUGUGAUGUGUACAGCGGCCCUUUAGCUUCAAACUACGACCUUCCAUCUACAGCUCUAGCAUCAGUUCUGGACCCGCGGGAGCAGCUUCUCCAUCACAUAGACAGCGUAUUUUUGAAACACACUUCCAUGUUCACAGGACAUUUAAUACCAAGUACUAAAUUGAUGCAAAUAGAAAAAUAUCAAAUGAGAUUUAGAUUUGAAGCUGCGAUGUCCUCAGUCCAGUUGAAGAAAAAAAAGCUGCUUCAACUUGCUGCUCACAACAUUCUUCAUUGCGAUGUCCAUGAAUCCUGCAGUAAGCAUGCCACUGGCUCUCCACCUGCGCAACUGCAUGAUCUCCUCAGCAUUGCACAUGCUUCCCCACCUCCAUCUACAAGUGCAGCUCUUUCUCUGUUAGGACAGGGCUUCCCAAACCUUCUUCUCUCUCUAACCCUUCUCCUCCCGCCUCCUUUCUCUGGCAUGCCAGUAAAAGAUACAAGUGUGUCUGCAUUCUAACUCUCAGCUGCUCCUAAUGUGCAUCUGCUACUACCUGAAUAUAAUUGUGGCGACCGAGUGAUGAAUUGAGUCUUACUCUGUGUCAUCGACCCAUCAGGCCAACCGAAGCACUAAUAACAUCACUUUUAACAGCUGACUCUAAACUAUUGUCAUGACAUUGUGACCGUCUCCCAUGUCCUUGGGUAACUUCCUGGUUUCCUCAGUGCUGGCCAGCACAUUAUGAUGUAGUACUAAUCAACAAGCACACAUCUUGCUGUUAUGUGACUCAAAUCAAUUGGAAGGGCUCGUAUUCACCUGGCAAGUGCAAAUCAAUAUCUAUGUGUGAAAGUGCACUGCAGUUGUUAAUCAGCAUGAGUGUCAGUGACUUGGCAUCCGCAAGAGGGAGAUGGCUAAUGAGGCUGUGGGAGGGAUCAAAUAUGUAUGCAUUCCCUAAGCUGCAGACCCUGUAAUUUAUAGAAGUGCAACUGACGUGUUGGAAACAUCAGAUUUGCACUGACCUCUGACAAUCGCCACCAACUCGCAAUGGAGGUGUUUUUUGGGGGGGGGUAGUCCAUCUGUACCUACGCACGACAUCGGGUUCAUUCUCCUGAAUCUCUGGGAAUCUCUUUUUUCAUAUUUCCUGCAGUUAAAAAUCAACCAAUUCAAUGUUGGUGAAAGAGCACUGUGCCAUUACAAAAACAAAUUUUCGCCAUUAAUCAAUAUUUUAUAGGCAAAUUUGGACAGAUUCACAAAAUGUUCAUUUACGAUAAAAAAAUGAAGUGAUGGCGUCUUGAAGUAAUUGCAUGUUUACGUUGUUGGUGAUUGAUGUUAACAUGCAACAUUAAUCAUUAUAGGACCUUGGGGGGUAAAUAACUCCUGAACAGUCGAUUGUUCUCAGCCUAAAAUGAAAUACACAUGAAAAAAUUGUUCAUAAUUAAGGUUUAUUAAAUGUUCAAGUAACCAUUAAUAGACAAAAAGUUGAGAGUAGCAGUAGUUGUGAGUAAAAAUGACAUUUUCACCACAGAGGGUUAGAUUUAGACAUCUCAAUACUUGGCCAGACAACGGUCAUUCUGUACAUCAUAUUUAAAAUAUGUUAAGAAUAAAUUGAUAAAACGCCAUACCUGUUGAGUGACAUUAUUCCUGAGAGGAUAAAUAGUACAGAUAGACUACGAACCCCACACUUCUCCUUGCACUUGUCACGUGAAACUGAAAUGUUUGCCAAAUGGUUCCAAUCCAAUAUUUAUGUUCAGUAAAUGAGUGCUAAUGUAACUGCUGGCCAGCUGAGGCUAACACAUCCUGUCUUAGUUCCAUACCUACCCCCACUCUGCUGUGGUAAGGAUACCAACAGUGCGCCGCGUGCCUCCACGUUUCUCCAUCCCGCCCACCAAUCACGAGGUGAUGCCCGGCGGCAGCGUGAACCUGACCUGCGUGGCGGUCGGAGCGCCCAUGCCUUUCGUCAAGUGGGUGAGCGGAGAGGUGGAGCUCACCCGGGAGGAAGAGAUGCCUAUUGGCCGCAACGUCCUGGAGCUCACCAACAUCCGGCAGUCCGCCAACUACACCUGCGUGGCCAUAUCCUCCCUGGGCAUGAUCGAGACCACGGCCCAGAUCACUGUCAAAGCUUUGCCCAAGCCACCCACUUCCCUCAUUGUGACAGAAACCACGGCUACGAGCGUCACCCUUACCUGGGACUCUGGAAACCCGGAGCCUGUUUCCUACUACGUCAUCCAAUACCACGCCAAACUGUCUGACAAUGGCUUCCAGGAAAUAGACGGAGUGGCCACAACUCGAUACAGCAUCGGCGGCCUCAGCCCCUUCUCUGAGUAUGAAUUUCGCGUCAUGGCCGUCAACAAUGUCGGCCGGGGGCUUCCCAGCGGCGUGGUGGACACCCGCACAAGUGAACAGGCGCCCUCCUCAGCUCCUCUUCACGUCCAGGCGCGCAUGCUGAGCUCCAGCACCAUGCUGGUCCAGUGGGAGCCUCCGGAGGAGCCCAACGGUCAAAUCAGGGGAUACCGGGUCUACUACAGCUCCGAUCCCGGCAGCCCCAUCAGCUCCUGGCAGAAACACAACACCGACGACAGCCAGCUCACCACCAUCUCGGGCCUCACCGCGGACAUCACAUACAACCUGAAGGUGCUGGGCUUCACCUCAGUGGGAGACGGGCCUCCCUCUGAGGUCCUGCAGAUCAAGACCCAGCAGGGAGUUCCAGCUCAGCCGUCCGGUUUUGAGGCUGAGGCCGAGCUGGACUCACGCAUCAUGCUGUCAUGGCUCUGGCCUGUCCAGGAUUCAAUAAUUGGCUUUGAACUGCUCUACUGGGAGGAGAACAAUCCAACAAACAAGCGACAUGCCACUUUUGACCCGGCAGGCUCCUAUGCAGUGGAUGGUCUGAAGCCAGACACACUCUACAUGUUUUCCCUGGCUGCAAAAUCUGAGAUGGGUUUAGGAGUCUUUACUCAGCCUGCUCGGGCCAGGACUGCCCAAUCCACCCUCUCAGCCCCUCCCCAGGAUGUACGCUUGCUCAGCCUCAGCUCCACCAGCAUCAAGGUGACGUGGUUGGCACCACCCACAGACAGCCGCCACGGGGAGAUAACGUGCUACUCCCUAGUCUACCAGGCGCUCACUGGGGAGGAUGUGGAGCGCCACCAGGUGUCAGGGAUAGGAGCUGAUGUCACCAGCUAUGUGCUAGAGGACCUGCAGAAGUGGACUGAUUAUGUGGUGUGGGUGAGGGCUCACACUGAUGUCGGGCCCGGCCCGGAGAGCUCUGCAGCCGGGAGCAGAACCCAGGAAGAUGUGCCUGGAGCUCCUCCCAGGAAGGUGGAGGCGGAUGCCCUCAACUCCACGGCGCUCAGGGUGACGUGGAAGCCUCCGCUGUCGGUGAAGCAGCAUGGCCAAAUCAGAGGCUACCAGGUGGUGUACUCCCGACUGGAGAACGGGGAGCCUCACGGGCAGCCGGUCAUCAUGGACGUCUCCCUCCCCGACGCCCAGGAGGCCAUUGUCUCAGGUCUGCUUCCGGAGACAACCUACUCAGUGACUGUGGCUGCGUAUACCACCAAGGGCGAUGGAGCUCGCAGCAAGGCCAAGGUGGUCACCACCACAGGAGCAGUUCCUGGUAAGCCCACUAUGAUGAUCAGCACCACCAUUGGGAACACUGCCCUGAUCCAGUGGCAGCCUCCCAAGGAGAUGGUCGGGGAGCAUGUGGGAUACCAGCUGCAGUACAAGAGAGCAGAGGAGGAGGCCUUCACCAUCAAAGACUUCAGGAAGGCAGACGAUCAUUUCACAGUGACCGGGCUCCACAAGGGAGCCACCUACAUCUUCAAACUGUGCGGCAAAAACCGAGCAGGCAACGGGGAGGAGUACGUGAAGGAGAUCAGCACGCCAGAGGACGUUCCCAGCAGCUAUCCCCAGAACCUGAGCGUGGUCGGCCUGACCGCCACCUCCACCAACCUGGCUUGGGAGCCCCCUCCUCUGGCCGAGAGGAACGGGAAGAUCAUCAAGUACGCUGUGGUGUACCGAGAUAUCAACAGUCAGCACAACAGCACCAACAGCACCACAGAAACGCGGAUGACCGUCCAAGGCUUGCAGCCAGACACGACCUACGACAUCAGAGUCCAAGCCUUCACCAGCAAGGGGGCGGGGCCCAUCAGCCCCAGCAUUCAGAGUCGGACCAUGUCCACUUCCAUGCCAGACCUUCCCUCAGUGUUCACCAAGAACUUUGCCGUGAAGGCUGUGAUGAAAACCUCUGUCCUGCUGACGUGGGAAGUGCCAGAAACCUACAAAUCCCAAGUUCCUCUCAGGAUCCUGUACAACCAGCAGAGUGUGGAAGUCCAAGGCGACCUGAAGAGGAAGCUGAUCACUGAGCUGCAGCCGGACACAGAUUAUUCCUUUGUGCUCAUGAGCCGGGGGAACAGUGCCGGCGGUCUCCAGCAGCAGGUUUCCAUUCGAACAGCCCCAGACCUCCUGAAGAUGAAACCGGCUUGGCACCAGCACGAUGUGGAGGAGGGAGGCCGAGUGACCAUCACUUUGUCCAGCGCUCCUGCUGAAGCCACAGUCAGGUGGUACUACAUAGUGGUUGUUCCCGUCAACCCACUUUCUCGGAGGAGAUGGGAGAACCCCGAAGACAUGGACAUACAUGAGCUCCUGGAGGCCGGUGCAGACACCAGUAUGCAGAGACGGAAGAGACAGAGCCAGGACGUCCUGCAGCCGUACAUCGCUGCCAAGCUGGACGCUCUGCCCGAGAUCUUCACGCUAGGCGACGAGAAGAAAUAUAACGGCUACUACAACAAGCCCCUACCUGGCCAGCAGCAGUAUCGCUGCUUCGUUCUGGCCGACUUGACGGACCACGAAUCUACGUUUGCGGCCAGCCCCUUCUCCGAGCCCAUCAUGGUGAAGCUCCACAGUGGGAUGACCCGACAGACUGAGGACGCGGAGAUGCUGUGGGUCAUGGGUCCCGUGCUGGCGGUCAUUCUCAUCAUCAUCAUAGUCAUUGCCAUUCUGCUCUUCAAGAGCAACCAAGAAAGAAAACGAACAUCCCCAGCCAAGGAAGAGCACAUGGCAGGGGUCAAGGACUCAUUGCUGGCCCACUCAUCAGACCCUGUGGAGAUGAGGAGACUCAACUAUCAGACUCAAGGUUCCAGUGUCCUCAGUUGCCCGAACACUCCAAGGAUGAGGGAACAUCCUCCCGUCAGUCUGUGCGAUCUGACAGACUACAUCGAGAGGCUCAAGGCCAACGACAGUCUUCGCUUCUCUCAGGAGUACGAGUCUGUGGAUCCAGGACAGCAGUUCACCUGGGAGCACUCCAACCUGGAAGUCAACAAGCCAAAGAACCGCUAUGCUAAUGUCAUUGCCUAUGACCACUCCAGGGUCAUCCUCACACCUGUGGACGGAAUUCCAGGCAGCGACUACGUCAAUGCCAACUACAUUGAUGGCUACAGGAAACAGAACGCCUACAUUGCCACACAGGGGCCGCUGCCGGAGACGCUGAGCGACUUCUGGAGGAUGAUUUGGGAGCAGCGGACCUGCACCGUAGUUAUGAUGACCCGCCUAGAGGAGAAGUCCCGGGUGAAAUGUGACCAGUAUUGGCCCAGUCGAGGCACAGAGACCUAUGGGAUGAUCCAGGUGACCAUGCUGGACACUGUGGACCUGGCUACGUACAGCGUACGCACGUUUGCCCUCUACAAGAAUGGCUCGAGUGAGAAGAGAGAGGUUCGACAGUUCCAGUUCAUGGCCUGGCCCGACCAUGGAGUGCCUGAGUAUCCCACCCCAACACUGGCCUUCCUACGCAGAGUCAAGGCGUGUAAUCCUCCAGACGCUGGACCCAUGGUGGUCCACUGCAGUGCCGGCGUGGGCCGCACAGGCUGCUUCAUCGUGAUCGAAGCCAUGCUGGAGCGGAUGAAACACGAGAAGUCGGUGGACAUUUAUGGUCAUGUGACCUGCAUGCGGGCUCAGCGGAACUACAUGGUGCAGACGGAGGACCAGUACAUAUUCAUCCACGAGGCCCUGCUGGAAGCUGCCACAUGUGGCAACACGGAGGUUCCCGCCCGAAACCUGUACGCCCACAUCCAGAAGCUGGCCCAGACCUCCCCUGGCGAGACCGCCACCGCCAUGGAGCUGGAGUUUAAGAAACUGGCCAGCUGUAAAGCACAUACCUCAAGAUUCAUCAGUGCCAACCUGCCUUGCAACAAGUUCAAGAACCGCCUGGUGAACAUCAUGCCUUUCGAGUCCACCCGCGUCUGCCUGCAGCCGAUCAGAGGGGUGGAGGGCUCCGACUACAUCAACGGCAGCUUCAUCGACGGAUACAGGCAGCAAAAAGCAUACAUGGCCACCCAGGGACCGUUAGCUGAGACCACAGAGGACUUCUGGAGGAUGCUGUGGGAACACAACUCCACCAUCGUGGUCAUGCUCACCAAACUGCGCGAGAUGGGACGGGAAAAGUGCCACCAGUACUGGCCCGCCGAGCGCUCUGCACGCUACCAGUACUUUGUCGUGGACCCCAUGGCUGAGUACAACAUGCCUCAGUACAUCCUGAGGGAGUUCAAAGUCACAGACGCCAGGGACGGACAGUCGAGGACCAUCAGGCAGUUUCAGUUCACUGACUGGCCCGAGCAAGGAGUGCCAAAAACCGGGGAGGGAUUCAUCGAUUUCAUCGGCCAGGUCCAUAAAACUAAAGAGCAAUUUGGACAAGAUGGACCAAUUUCGGUGCACUGCAGUGCUGGAGUCGGGCGGACCGGUGUGUUCGUCACCUUGAGCAUCGUCCUUGAGAGGAUGAGGUACGAGGGAGUGGUAGACCUCUUCCAGACCGUCAAGGCUCUCCGAACUCAGAGGCCAGCGAUGGUGCAGACAGAGGACCAGUACCAGCUGUGCUACCGGGCGGCUCUGGAGUACCUGGGAAGCUUCGAUCACUAUGCAACAUAACGCCGCACAGAAAGACGUCGUCAGACGAGUCCCGUGUCUCCUCUAAGUCACACAUCUGCUCCACACAACCAGCCCCCCGCCCCCUCCCUCCCUCCCUGAGGCCCGAUGAGGAGGCUAAAGUACGAGGAGAUGACCACAGCGGGACACAGAGGGAGAUAAGAGGCGAGAGGAAAGGGGGUGGAAAGGAUGACGCCCUCCUGGACCGGCGCCUUGAUUAUGACCCAUCACCAAAACCUCCCAAAAACCAACCCCCGAAAGACUGGUGGUCAUGCCUCAUUCCACUUCCCGCCCCCCCAGUUUCUGCCUCCUCUUUAUAGCAAAAACAAAUGCUCUGCUUUCAUUUAUAUUCAUCAUUACUAUGUUGUUAUGAAUAUUCUGAAUUUAUUUUGUAAUCACCUACUACACUGGUUAUUAUGUCUUAAUGUUUUUUUUCUUCUUAUUCUUAUGUUAUUAGCACAGAGGACUUGUAUUUUGAACAUUAAUACUGGAGAGCGCAUACUCACAGCUGCUAAUAGUUUUAUUUUGUACUAUACAUGUGAUAUUCUGAUCUUAUUUUUUGGGGGGAUAAGUGGGUAAUUUAGAUAUCCAACCGAACAAGGGUGAACAUAUCCCACAAACCGAUCAAGUAUGAUCAACAGAUCAAUCACAGUAUGAAAUAAACACGUGGCUAUAAACAUGCAAAGACUAUUCACAUCUGAACAACUGCAAUCACGUUUCAAGUCAACGAGGGUCGAGACAUUUUCUCAGACGUCGGAAAGGUGGAGACUUUCAACUAAAGGAAUCUGAAGUUGGUGGAAAGAGUCGUGCCCCCCCAACACACACUCAGGCACACCGAACACAGUGGCAUUUGGAUUAUACGCUAUGUGCACUACAGAAGAAGAUGAAUCCAUUGUGACUCUAUAUUCUCAUGGUCAGCUCUGCGUUUCACAGCUCCUACCUACUGAAAAUAUUCUUUAAACUACCAAUGGUUCACAAAUAUAUCAAUAGAAAUGAGAAUAAAUGGAUUUGUUAAUGCACUGUGGUCUGUAAGCAAAGCAAACAGAAAGAAAUGUGCACUAGUGCACUAGUUGGGGACUGUUUGCAGCUGUUGAUUAAUCUACUGUACAUUAUGUGAUCUAAAGAAGUGCUUCCCGCAUUUUUUUGAGGGGACCCAAAUUUUAAAAAUGACAAAUGUCAACUUAUAAUAAGUAAAACAGCCAUUUAUGAGAAAUAUACGUAUAAUAGGUAUGUGUCGUUACUUUCUAAGUUCUUUUAAUUUCUUAGGUUAAAAAAAAUACAAUGUACUCAAGUCUUUCAUUUUAGAGUCAGGGCCGCUUUAAAUAGGAUCUAGUUGUUGGAACAAUACAAACCAUCAGGCUGCCUCCUGGGGCCAAAAGUGCACCGCAGCCAUAUAUACAGUAUAUAUAUAUAUUUUUGGCCACCCUAAUAAUAUCUCCUUUGACGCAUUCGUGGGUGGUGACCCAGUCCUGGGAGGGGACUGGUCUAGUGAGUCAUCGUGGGAUUAGGUAAAAAAAAACUGGAAAUGAAAGAAACAUGUCACCCAGUGUAAGAGGCUCGCUGAUGGGUUUUUAACAGAGGAAGGAGAUCGAGGAAGCUUUACUUGUUGGUAAGAUCAAUUCACUGUUUGUUAGGAUGUUCACAUGGGAUUUGUUGACAAGAAAAAACCGAUGCUGUAGAAUAUCCAACAUUGUUAUUCAUAUCUGAUUUUUCCAUAAUGUCUGACACGUUGCCUAUUCGAAAGCAUUAACAUUGGGCUUGGUGGAUAUUUUAGAACAGGGGGGGCACCCACUCACUUACAUUGACAUUACAUUUUUGGUAUUAGCCAAACACAAAUGCUGUUGGUAUGUGCUCAAACUUCUUUCAUAACAUUUCCCAAACAUUCGGUUGAAGCUUGCGUGGAUCAUACGGGAAUUUAAUUUGGUAAUGUCCACACAUUUCAGACUUCCACACUCCUCUCAUAAGCUGCACCUUUCUGUUUGCAUACGCGCUUGAGAUGACUGAAUGGGGGUUGGAUGAAGUGGACCAUAUAACGAAUUAAUUUCACAGAGGGGUCCCAUCUGUUGUAUACAUGAUCUGUUUUGUAUUUGUUAAUAAAAAGCAGAAAAAAACGUCUUGAAGACCUUGAUGUUAAUAAAGUUGAAUAAAGGGUUUUUAAUAAUA